AUGCACACUACAAUCUUGAUCACAGGCGGAAACCGCGGACUUGGCAAAGCACUAGUAGCCACAUACCUAUUAACGCCAAACACCACGGUGAUAGCGACGAUCCGCGACCCGUCCAAGUCCAAGUCCCUGUCUGCGCUUGCUAAAGCCUCAGGAUCGAGCCUAGUCACCAUCGAGCUUGAUAUAGCCUCCGCAAACUCCAUAGCCACCGCCGUCGAAACGAUAGAGGCCCAUAAAAUUGGUGCUCUUGACGUUGUCAUUGCAAAUGCUGGCAUCUCUGGACCGACCCCUAGUUUGGUUGAGACCCAGGUCUCAGAGCUCCAAAAGUAUAUUGACGUGAAUGCAUACGGCCCAUUUCAGCUAUUUAAAGCUGUUCACCCUCUUCUCCGCCCUUCCACUGCUACAAGCAAGCCAAAAUUUGUCUUGAUCUCGAGCGUUGGCGGAAGUCUGACGACCAUGAACAAUUUCAUGCCGAUCGCGGGAUACGGUGCGAGUAAGGCCCUCUCUAAUUUUCUUUUCAAAUGGCUGGCGCUGGACAAUAAGGACAUAAUUAUUUGGGCACAAAACCCCGGGAAUGUGGACACUGAUAUGGCUCGGGAUGGCCUCGAUCUGCUAAAGAGCUCCGGGUUGGAUCUCUCUUCAGUGCGCUUUGCAUCCCCGGAAGAAAGCGCCAGAGCGAUAAAGAACGUGAUUGAUGAUGCGACCACAGAGAUGAGUGGGAAGUUCGUCGACCACGAUGGUUCUGAGUUGGCGUGGUAGGGUCUGGACAGUUAACGUUGCGUGGGAAAUGAACAAAAGCGGAAUCCUUAC